AUGAGAGCUUCCAAGAUUUUCUCAGCUUUGCUGUCGGUUGUUUCGGUCAAGCAUGCCCUGGCCCAAAAUUACACCAAUGCCUCGACAAGUGCUGUACCAAGUUCCACUACUGUCAACGGCACUGCUGUUGCCAAUCCCAGUGCCUUUGUGACCGAUCUGCAGUUGUCUGUCGAAGAUCUUUGGAACUUCUUCGUCGGACCAGUUGAUGUCGCAGAUAUAACCACUACCGUCCAAGCCACCCCUGUUCCAUCGAGCUCUUUGAUUCCUCCGCCUUAUAUCGGAAACUACGCAUUUCCUCCCGGCCGCCAGGUUCCGUUGGUCACAAAGAAUGAAUCAUGGAAUUUUCCAAAGAACUUCCAUCUCGGUGUUGCGGGUGCUGCAUUCCAGAUUGAAGGCGCUGCGAAAGCUGACGGAAAAGGACCAUCAACCUGGGAUGUGAACAUGCACCGCGUCCCCAAUUUUGUCGCCGACAAUAGCACAGGCGAUAUUACAGAUAACAACUACUACCUGUACAAGCAGGACAUUGCACGUCUGGCAGCCAUCGGUAUCAAUGCAUAUUCUUUCUCUAUCGCCUGGACGCGCCUCUUUCCUUUCGGCUCAGGGCCAGUCAACGAGCUCGGUAUAGCUCACUACAACGAUGUCAUCGACACCUGUCUCCAAUACAAUAUUACGCCAAUGGCGACCCUAUACCACUGGGACAUGCCUGCUCUCUUACAGAACAAGUAUGGUGGUUGGCUUGGUGAGCAAGUCGUUGGAGACUUUACUGAGUAUGCUCGAGUAGCAUAUAGUCGCUUCGGUGACAGGGUCAAGCAUUGGUUUACGAUUAACGAACCGAUUGUGAUCUGCACGCAACAACAUCCGAUGCCUGACGGCUACUGGCGAAACUUUUCCAUUCCAAAGAUCGAGCAACAGUUCGUAUGUGGCCGAAAUAUCUUGCUUGCGCAUGCGCAGGCCUACCGACUGGGCAAGCCAAUCAUACCAGACAGCUCGAUUACGUUCAAGCACAAUGGAGGAUACAAGAUACCCUUGACCAACAGUUCUGCUGACGCGGAAGCCGUACAACGAGCAUGGGAUUUCAAUGAAGGUUGGUUUGCAGAUCCAGUCUACCUUACUGGAGAUUGGCCUUCGACUGUCAACGAUCAUGUCUCGUCCUUCCUGCCUCCUUUCACAUCUCAAGAAAAGAAUCUCAUCCGUGGAUCCGCAGACUUUUUCGCUCACGAUGCCUAUACAGCCCAAUUCUACAUGGCUCCUGAUGAAGGCAUCGAAUCCUGCAUCUCGAACUCCAGCAACCCUCUCUAUCCGACAUGCGCUAACAGCACGUAUACCUACGGACCGGCUCAGGGCAACUGGGUCAUUGGUCCCGCAGCCGACCCCCACUCUCCAUGGCUUCACCGCGCAACCGACUGGUUCCCAGCCUUCAUGUCCUACAUCAACACCACCUGGCCAACUCCAGCAAUCCAAGUCACUGAAUUCGGUUUCGCAGAGCCUUUUGAAAGCUCCAAGACACUGCUUCAAGAUAUCCUUUGGGAUCCAAUCCGGACCUCGUAUUUCCAUGACUACAUGGAGGCUAUCCUCAUCUCAUUGAGCGAAGGUAUCAACAUCACUGGAGCACUGGCUUGGAGCUUCGUAGACAAUCUGGAGUGGAACCAGGGAAAAAGUGUUAGGUUUGGCAUGCAAUAUGUCAACUUCACAGAUCCUGCGCUCGAGAGACAUUACAAGGCUAGUUUUUUCGAGUACACCAACAUGUACAAGACGUACAGUAUGUGA